AUGGACAUUAAUUGGUCGCCGAAACUGAUCCAAGACGUGAUCCGAACGCUGCGGAAGUCACGUGACGCGCGCUCCUACUCUUCGUCGGAGUUCUCGAUCAUUUCCGACGAAUUCAUAGACGAGUUGUCGCACAAAAUGGCUGUGAUUUCGCGGCAGGCGUCGGACGACGUGUUCGAACCCGUCGUGACUCUUCUGUCGGACGAAAUGCAAGACGUUUUGCAGGAAAUGUGGAAAAACUUCGGCCCGAAGAUGUCCUAUACGCUGGACAAGUGGCAACAGCUGAUCGCCGACUCUUAUGAGCAACUCGCGCGCCUCUACCGGCAAAUAAUGAAGGCGUACGACCACGUGAUCCCCGACUGGGCGCACAACGUCUACCAGCGCUCCAUUAGAAGCGCGCGCCGCCAAUGCAAACGCAGUGAGACGUGUUACAAGGCGUUGUACGCGUUGGAGAACUACGGCGUGGACGCCUUAAUGGACCUCUUCUACGCCACGGCCAUCGAGACGGCGCACACCACUCACCGCGUCGUCAUGACGACGAGUGGGAAGUUGUGGCGCGCGUUGCCGAAUGCGCCCCAAUGGCUGCGAGAGUACGGCUGGCAAUACAAGCAAUGGAUUCGCGAUUCCUUCGACUCUUUGAUCGCUUCGAACGACGAUUUGCGACAAUUCGUGGCUCACGUGCAGCGCCUUCUGGCGGAGCUCACGAAAGACAACUUCCAGGAGAUCGAGUGGCCGAAAGUGGGCGCCUCUCUCCGCCAGAUGGCAGACGUGGCGCUGUCGUCGCAGACGUCGUCGCGAGUGUUGGUGUGGGACCCGGCGAGAGGGCGCGUGAGUGUGGAGUUGCGAACUCCGCUGCAGUCGCGCCGACUCCGGUCGGUGAUGACAGACGUGAAGAACAAAGUGCUGAAGAGCGAGAAUCCUCUGCAGAAAAAGUGGAAACAAAUCAAACAAUUCGUCAAAAAAAGAGAACUUUGUUUCAAUUCUCGCGACUUUUGUGACUUCGGAACAACUCUUGUGUUUCGGGAGAUAAUCGAAAGACUUCCGGAGGAAUGUCUUGUUUGCGGCGAAAACCACAGAUUCGGCGAAAGAAGACGCGAAACGGCGACCAAAGAGGCGGAAGUGCUGUUCGUGAUUGGCUGCGACCUCGAGUCACGUGACGGCAGAGAAAUGGCGCGCAAUUUGAACCGAAUUUCGAACGCUUUGAAACGAGAGUUCGAAAAGCGUUCGAUUUUAACGACUUUUCGAACGAUUUCUUUGAAUUCUGAGAAAAAAUAUUCGGAUUUUUGGCCAAAAAAUGAUUUGAAUUUACGUUUGAAUGGAAUUCCGAUUUCGCGAAACAUUAACCAAUCGUUUGACUUCCUGUUCGUGACGUCACGACAGCCGCGGGCCUCGCGUCACGUGAUUCUCGUCCAAUGCGGCGACGGCUGCGAAGAGCGAGACGUGGACUUCCAGUCGGCGCGGAAUCACGUGUUAAACGAAAACAUUUUUCUUCACGUUUUGACGAAAAAUGAGUUCAAAAUUCGCGCCAAAAAAGGCCGUCACGUGAUCGGAGUGGACGCCGCGCGCGCCUUCGUCUCCUCCGGUCAGUCGGUGGCCGAAGAGCGCGCUCUCCGCUCCGCUAUAGGCGUGUCACGUGAUUUGUGUCACGUGUUGGCGUUGGAGACGAAUGGAACUGUUUUUCGGACCAAAAGUUUGAAUUCAAAAAAUUCUCGCGCUUUGAUCGCCCGAAGAGUGGCCGCGAAUCACGUGAUGGACGCGUGUCUGGACUGCGACUGCGUGGAGGCCAGGGAUCGCGUGACGGCGCGCGUCGACUGUCGUCUCUGUGCGGAACGCGAGUCGACGAUAAGCGGCGAAAAAGUGGCCGAAAAUGGAUUCGAUUUGAAUCAAGAGUGGAAUGAAGACACGGAUGAAGAAAAUGGCGGCGAAGAGGAAGUGGAAGAAGAAGAGGAGGAAUGA